GUUCCUUCUUUAGCUCACCACGAGCAUUCGUAAAUCAAGUCUCACAAGUAAUAUCACUGCUGAACCACAUAAGGGACACAAAUCAGCGAUUUUGUAUAUCUUCAGUGAGAGGAACAAAAGAUGACUGCUGAACAGUCGACUGCUGCAUCGACGACUACGCCGACUACAAAACGCAAAUCGAAAAGAUCGUCUAUAUUCAUUACUUCACGAAAAAAGAAGAGGCGUGAAAAGGAGUAUGAAGUGGAGUCGAUUGUCUCACACACUGUCGUUGAUGGAGUGGUGGUAUACAAUGUCAGCUGGGUAGGAUACCCUGGCGAGAUUACUGAAUUAUUAGAGGAGGAUCUUGAGAACUGUGGUGAAUUGUUGCAAGCUUACAAGGACAAGGUGGGUCCAUGUCCAGAAUUCGAACAAAAGCCUGUAACGUCCAAUGGUGCUGACGAAAACACGGACAACAAUAUACGCAGCGAGUUGGACGAUAUAAUCGAUGGUGUGGCAAGCAAUUCACUUCCCAAAGCAAAACGAAAGAAUGAGGGCGUCGAGACAACAGGUUUUGCUGUUACUUCCAAUGAGAAGAAAGUGAAUGGCGACGGGGGACAUCCUCCUAAGCGUAACCGGAAAGCCAAGCAACGGCAAAUUGCGCCAGAUGCUGACUUGGGCUACAACAACGGUUGCAUUGUUGAGGAGUAUAAAGGUUUCUCGACUAAGUAUACUGAACCUGUUGUUCUGGUGACUUAUAAGAAACCACUGCCCAGCGGUUUUGAAAACAGGCAAGACGAAAUUGUCCCUAUUCGAGUUAUUGCUGAGAAAGAUCCACAGAGGCUGAUUUCGCAUCUGGUUGAACUGCUGUCAAGUGGUCGCACUAAUGCAGCGCAUUAGUUAUGAUGAUACCUCACUGUCCGUUCGGUUCGUUGCUAUCCUGUGCAUAUGGUGCUCCUACUCGAUUGUUAUUUUUUCCAAUCGAAGUUGUAAAAUAUCAUGUAUUCUGAAUCCAUUUUGAUCUCAUCUACGUAGCUGUUAAUUCUGUUUGAGAUUUAGUAGUCAUUUUUCACCUUUAGAUAUAAGUAUUUGAAGCUAUCUUUGUUGAUGUAAUACUGCUUUUGAUUCAUUGAUUGUACAUCCACCGUUGAGACUACUGGGAUAUCAAACCUUUGAUUAUGAUAAAC